CCGUCAAGAAAAAUGAAGUCUAUUACGCUUUUGUUUCUGGUUUUGGUUUCGGCCACUUGUGUGCUAACCACUCGGGCCAACACCAUUGGAUCAGCCGAAGAGAGUUUGGAUAAUGACUUCGCCUAUGAAUUGGAACUGGAUCAGUUGCUGGAUGAUUUGGAUAUGGACAAUGACUAUAUGGAUGUGGAGGAUCUUGGCUUUAUUCGUAGUUGCAGGCGAAUCCUUUGGAGAGCUCUGAGAACUCUUCUUGGCACCAAUUGUAUCAUUAAGGAGGUGGUCAAUAUCCUGAACUCCAGCAAAAACUACGUGAGUGCCAUUAGGGCCUGCGGCACCGAAGUUCCCAAGGAUGUGGCCAAAGUUGUUGAGUCCGUGAACAAGAUUAUCCAAAUCUGCGAUUCUAUAAUAAACCUGCGAUCCAAGUUGUGUGCCAAGGAAAAGUCCAUAGUCACCAAGGUCUAUAACUCUUUCAAGUGCUUCUGGAAAGUAUUCAGGGCCACAUUACGGCUGGUCAGGCAGAUUCCCAGAGCCUUGAGACUGAUCGCCAAGUUGCCCGCCAAUACCGGCUCCUGCCUUUUGAGGGCAACCAAUGAUGUAAAGGUCUCCUUCAACUCCUUUUUGCCCAACAUUAAUGUCUGCCUAAAGGUAUAA